GAGAGAGAGAGAGAGAGAGAGAGAGAGAUCAUUGGUCCUCGCUAUAGGUGAUGUCUGGGAAAAAGCGCAUGAUAGAGGUGCGCUCUCGGAGCUCCGCCCCUAAAUAACAUCAGCACCAGCAUCACCAUCAUCAUCAUCAUCACAGACGGAAAGAAAUAACCGGAGGGCACGAGAGAGGACGCACGCGGAUUGUCAACUUGCUGCAUGCGCCUCGCCGCGCGUCGCGUUCAUGCAUCACCUCUGAGCGCUAAUAUAAGGAACCCUCUGGCGUGCUGAAGUACAUCUGGAUUCUCCCGAUUUUCUGGACAAGUAGCACGCUCGGCAUGCGCUAAGUCCAUCCCUAGCGCAGUGAGAGAGCACGUUAGUGUCGAAGCCGGGACAACGGCCAUGGCCUUUAAUUCAGAUGCACUACCGCAGUAUCACGAGGGCGUUUGCUCCCACCGGCGCUUCCGGCACGUGUGGAAGACGCGUCGGCCAGCGCGGAUUCUCUGCCUCCUCGCCGCACUCGUAGCAAUAAGCACAGUGGCCUUCUCAUGGCCCUCGUCUUCUCAGCGGGAGGGGCUAUGGAGCCACACCCCACACAGGACUUUGCUGUCCACAGACCUUGGUUACCAUGGUAACCUCUCAAAGAACACGCCCGUGCCCAAGCACUCAUCCCCGGGGUCGAACGAGAGUCAGGGGGAAUAUCCAACUGACCUGUUCAGCUUGAAGGACCGCAGGCGAGGUGCCGUAAUACUGCACAUGUUCGGCAUGAUCUACAUGUUCAUCGCCCUGGCCAUCGUGUGCGACGAGUUCUUUGUUCCUGCGCUGACCGUCAUCACAGAGAAACUAAAGAUUUCGGACGAUGUCGCGGGUGCCACCUUCAUGGCGGCCGGGGGCUCGGCUCCCGAACUUUUCACCUCUGUCAUCGGCGUCUUCAUUUCCCACAGUAACGUGGGCAUCGGCACCAUCGUCGGCUCGGCGGUGUUCAACAUCCUGUUUGUCAUCGGAAUGUGCGCCGUGUUCUCCAAAGAGAUCUUGAACCUGACGUGGUGGCCUCUGUUCAGGGAUGUCUCCUUCUACAUCAUUGGCCUCAUCAUGCUCAUCGUCUUCUUCUUGGAUAACUACAUCACGUACUGGGAGAGCAUCAGCCUCCUGCUGGCCUACGCCACCUAUGUGGUCUUUAUGAAGUUCAAUGUAACGGUAGAGACUUUCGUCAAGGGCUGUCUGAACAGAAACCAGGUUGUGGAGGUGGAGACCCAACCGAAGCUGAGCCCUAACGGAGUGGAAGAUGACAGCAAACUGUCGGCCAAACCCCGGCUACAGAGAGGAGGAAGCUCCGCCUCUUUACACAACAGUCUGAUGAGAAACAGCAUCUUUCAGCUCAUGAUCCACACGCUCGACCCUCUGAGUGAAGAAUUUGCUGACUCUGAACUGGGGACUUAUGGCAAGCUAAAAUAUUAUCACUCAAUGACCGAAGAAGGAAAGUUUCGUGAGAAAGCGUCCAUCCUUCACAAAAUUGCCAAAAAGAAAUGUCAGGUGGAGGACUCAAAUGGAGUUGCUGAUAAAAAUCUGCCAAACAGCUCCAAUGUGGAAGAGGACGUGACCCCGCCCAUGAAUGGCACGGCUGGACCAGAUGGAGAUACGGGUGAAGAAGAGGAUGAGGAAGAUCAGCCUCUUAGCCUGUCAUGGCCCGAGAGCUGCCGUAAGCGUUUCACGUAUCUCUUCCUACUACCCAUCAUCAUUCCUCUCUGGAUAACUCUGCCAGAUGUGAGGAAGCCGAGUGCCAAGAAGUUCUUUCCCAUCACUUUCCUGGGGGCCAUUUGCUGGAUCGCAGGCUUCUCGUACCUGAUGGUCUGGUGGGCUCACCAGGUUGGAGAAACUAUAGGCAUCACAGAAGAAAUCAUGGGACUGACCAUUCUAGCGGCUGGAACCUCAAUCCCUGAUCUCAUCACCAGUGUCAUAGUGGCACGCAAGGGUCUGGGGGACAUGGCCGUCUCCAGCUCUGUUGGCUCCAACAUAUUUGACAUUACUGUGGGGUUACCGCUCCCUUGGCUGCUGUACUCUUUAAUAAACAAUUUGAAUCCAGUGAGGGUGAGCAGCAACGGCCUGUUCUGUGCCAUCGUUCUACUCUUCAUCAUGCUCAUCUUCGUCAUCAUCUCCAUCGCCGCCUGUAAGUGGAAAAUGAGCAAGCUGCUGGGCUUCAUCAUGUUCGUGCUCUAUCUUGUCUUCCUGGUGGUCAGCGUCCUGUUGGAGGACAAGGUGAUCGUCUGCCCCGUCUCUAUCUAGCACACGCGUGCGCAUGCGACUUCAUGAAGAUAAAGACGCUUCAUACAAGUAUGUACUCGGUGACUUUACCUCACCUCUGUUUGCCCAACAUGACCUCCAUCCAGCUCCGUUGAAGCACAGGUGUUUGAAUCAUGUUUUGGUGAUUCGGCACAAAUCUGGAUCAAUUCACUGUUUUACCAUUUGGUGUCUUGUGUUAAAGGCACAAUAUGUAAGACUUUUGUAAUGUCCAAAAACGCUUGCACCACAAAGUUGUGUACUUACAUUAUUCCAAAAGUUCCCAAAGAUUUGUUAAUCCAUUAAUGAUGUAUGUCUCUGGAUCCCCAUCGUUCCACUCUUCUUCAUAGCGUCAUAAAGCUUCACCUUCAUUAUCCUUGUGAAAAUGCGACCUGUAGCGGUGAAAACGUACAUAUUGUGCCUUUAAAGAGGUUGGUUUGAACCUCUGUAAAGUGUCAUUCAUUGCAGGAUUGGAGCUGUAACGGUACACUAAACUGAGAGUCAGAGCUGCUAAAAUAUACAAACUCAUUUCACAUGGAUCAUCAUUUCUACUGUAACAUUAAAAGAUGACAAUUCUGUCUCUUGUUAAAUAGUGUUUAAGCAAAUCAAGCAGAUAUUUAUAUUACACAAUGUUUCAAAUGUUGUGUUUCUGUGUUUUAGUAUCUCUGCAGGGUACAUUAAGGAUUUAUAAUCAAACAGACGUUUGGUCAUUUCUCAGUCUCUCGAUCAUGCUGUGAACAUGCGGCAACUAUCGACUAAUAGACUUCACUCCAUAUACAGAAACAGUUUUAGCUUUCAUUUGUCUUUCACGUUCAAGUAAAUGUGAUAAAAAGGAUUUUUUUUUGCCUAUUAUGCAACUUUAACAAUUCCCAUAUACUUGAAUGUUUACGUAUUUAUUGAUUUAAAGGUGCACUGUGUAACUUUGAAAAGGAUCUCUUGACAGAAAUGCAAUAUAAUAAACAUAACUAUAUUAUUAGUGGUGUAUAAAGACCUUACAUAAUGAACUAUAUUCUUGUUAUUACCUUAGAAUGAGCCCAUUAUAUUUACAUACACCGCGGGUCUCCUUACAUGAAAGUUGCCGUCAUGUUUCUACAGUCGAACAGCUCUACGUAUAAAGCGUGGUUUGGUCACUACAUUGUCUCAGACAGUGACGUGUUCGUCCUGUGGUGGCUACUAAUAAUGCGCGGGUUGGGUUUUUUCCCACUGCAAAUAAAGUGACAAUUUCUUUACCCGCCGGGUUAUGAGAUGACCCGCGUAUCACUAGUGGCUACCGUAGCUGCUCUAUGCGUUUCGAAAGCGAGGGGUGAGCGAUGGACUAACUGUGCGUUCACAACAGACACGGAAUAGCGGCAGAAAUUCGCUAUUUCGCGCAUAGUUGGGCGCUUGAACAUUUUAAAAGUGAAAGUCGCGUAUGAAAUUCUAGUCAUUCGAGACAUGGGAGGGGCUUAUACAGCUCAAAUUGUGUAAACUUACCAGAUUGUUCGACCUCCUUACUCUUUCAAACAAGAUCCUUUGAAUUCCUGUAAAAGUAUGAAGAUGUCGUGUGUAGUGAUGAUGAUUGUCCUCCAUUAUGUUUUGUUUUCGCUUCCUGUAACCACAUCACUGCUAGAGCAAGCUCCUGAUUGGUUAACGCUGCGCGAAAAUCCGCCAAAGUUCAUAUUUUCAACUCAACACUCAAUUCGUCAGUUUGCGGCACGCCCUUCGCGCUUACUGCGCCACAGGAUGCCUAUUCGCAUCUUAGCAUUGACUUAACAUGUAAAUUACUUGAGCUUGCCGCCUCUUCUGCGUCUGGUGUGAACGCACCAUAAGUCAUUGGUUACAAUAUGCAACCUCACCACUAGGUGCCGCUAAAAUUCACACACUGCACCUUUAGUUAUGUCAUAUUUUAUUUACACAUUAUUCCUGAUCAAGUUUAGUGAACCGUUACAUCCCUAGCUCCAAAAAACUAAAUAAAACAACAACACAGUGAAUGUUUAUUAACUGGUAUGUUUGAGAUGAAACAGAUGCGUGUGAUCAUGAGUUGAUGAAUGUUUUUAUUACACGUUAAUAUUAGUGACACCCCCAACUAACAUCUCAGUGUUUUAUUCUGUCAUCUAAUGUUUCACAAGCUCUCAUCUGUUGGCUUAUAAGGGCACUGGUGAGGUAACACGACUCUGUGGUUUGGCCGAUUUAAAGCCUGUAAAAUUGAUUUGCAGCCAGUCUUUAUCGGAAAAGGCGAUAACCAAAGUGGCAAAUAACAUUUGAGGGUUUAAAUGGACCUAGAUCACCAUACUAAAAUGAUUUAUUUUUAUUUAUUUUGGAAAAUGUAUUUAUUUUGUCUUUUUUAUUUAUAAUUCUUGUGUGUCAAGAUGCCAAGAAAAAUGCACGAUUUGCUGAACCUGGUGUAUGAUACCUUCAUCUGUACACAAUGAAGUUCAACUUUUUUUCAGUUUUAAAGGAUUUUAUUAUUUUAUUUGUUUGAUUUGACUGUAUAGUUUUUAGAUGAAGCCGCAGUAUUGACUGUGGUCGUACACCAUUAACUUUCUUAGUAACGCACGACAAGAUUAAACAAGUGAACAAAAUAGCAUGCAUGUUGCUUCCCAAAGUAUAAAAACAAUCUUAUUAUUUAUUUGUUUAUUGAAAAAAAUCAUGUGAGAUAAUAUUAUAAACGGGGCAAGGGACACGUGUAGGUGCUUAUAGACUAUAGUGAAGUGUUGAAAAAACAUUUAGACAUAUUAUAGGCACUCUAAGCUGCUUAAACGAUAUGCAGUGAUUUCUCUUAAUACUCGACAUCUCUGUGUAUUUGGACUGAAACUCAGCCCGGACAGAAAUUCUUUAUUCUAAAGUAGACACAAAUACAUGCAUGGAAAUGUGUAGCUUAAUUUAAGAUAACCUGUGCUCAUUGCUUUAAACACAAGACAUUUGCCUGAAGAUCUGAAAAAUAUAUAGUCUUUUGGUUACAAAGGAGUGUUAAUGUAUUAGCACAGUCUAAAGUUAUACUAGAUAUGUAAAAUCACGUGCAUUUAUGAAUAAAGGUGCUUUAGGAUUUUAUCUUUAUAAUCUGUACAGACACACAUGAACUUAUAUAGAUAUUACACCCACUAAUAAACUCAAUAGUACAGUAGCAUCACAUUUCUGUGAUCCAUUAUUUUGUUUUUUUAAAGGGGCAGGCCUAUAUUAAAACCUAUGAGGAUUAGGGCCAAGCAAAAAUUAAAAAAUAAAACCAUCUCGAGAUUAAAGUCAUUAUAAUUUGAGAUUUAACUAGUAGUGUUUAAAGAAAAUAUUCUAAAUAAAAAAAUAUUCCGAUAUAAAAGUCGUAAUAUUUUGAGAACAAAGUCGUAAUAUUUUGAGAAUAAAGUCGUAAUAUUUUGAGAAUAAAGUCAAUAUAAUGAGAACAAAUUUGUAAUAUUUUAAGAAUUAAGUCAAUACACUGCAAAAAAAUGACUUUCUCACUUAGCAUUUUGGUCUUGUUUUAAAAACAAAUAUAAAAAAAUCUUAAAUUAAGAUGCAUUUCUGAUGAGCAAAAUGACCUACGAAAAUAAGUCUAGUUUUUAGACAAAAUAUAUAAAAUUUAAGUGAAUUUGUGCUUAAAACAAGCAAACAUAUAUGCCAAUGGGGCGAGAAAAAAAAUGUCUUUUUUUCUUAAAAGCUUAAUUCAAGAAAAGAUUUCUCUCCCCAUUGGCAGAUAUUUUUGCUUGUUUUAAGCACAAAUCCACUUACUUUUAUAUUUAAGCAUCUGCAAAGCUGACAUACCUGCCUUGUUAAUAUAACAAUAUAGGAGAUGUGCUUACAAUCUAAAUGCAACAAGCAAAGGUUUACUUUAUGUAAAAAUAUGACAUUAUUAUAAAAUAUAACAACUUUAUUCACAAAACCUCACGACUUCGUUCUCGAAAUAUUCUGACAUUUAUUCUCGUUAUAUUGACUUUAUUCUAGCAAUAUUAAUACAUUAUUUGACUUAUUUUGACUUUUUUUUCUCGAAAAACUACUUGUUUAAUCUGGCAUUAUAAUGACUUUAAUCUCACGGUGUUUUAAUUUUAGCUUGGCCCUAAUCCUCCUUGGUAAAAACCCAUUGCUUUCUUUAUAUUUGUUAACAAAUAAUUUGAUGUCUGAUCACCACACUGUACCAUACUGCCCUCUGGUGGCUUUUUCAAAUAACUUUUCAUUAUUUUAUAUUAUGUAGAACUGCAUUUAACGGCUGGAUUCACUCAGCUGUGCAUAAAUCACAUCUGCAGUCAUCAGAUUUUAUUAAUAGUGAGGUGUGAAUGUCAACAAAGCAACAGAUCGAAGUGUUCGGAUCAUGUAAAAGUGCUUACAUUUUGAUGCGUUCAACGGAUGAUAUUAAAGGGAAUGUAAGUGAUAUAAGCAAUGUAGCUGUUUCUAGACAUUUGAAAUUGUAAAGCUUUACUAUCCUGAUCUCUCAAACACCAUCAGUAUUUAUUUUCCUCAUCAGCAGCUGUUUUUUCAUAUUAUUUUGUAUUUGAUUUAAAACUUAUAUAUUAUUUUUCUUACAAGAGGGCUUUAGAACUAUUCAAGUGCUUUACCCUGUUUUACCAUGUUCAUGUGGGCUACACUGCUAAAAAAUGACUUUCUUGCUUAGUAUUUAUGCAUUGUUUUCAGUACAAAUCUAAAAAUUCUUAAAUUAAGAUGCUGAGCAAAAUGACGUAAGAAAAAAAUCUCGUUUUUUGACAAAAAAUUACAUUUAAAAACAUUUAAGUAAAUUUGUGCUUAAAAUAAGCAAAUAAAUCUACCAAUGGUGUAAGAAAAAUAAGUUUACUUUAUCCUCAGCCCACUGGCAGAUUGUUUUGCUUGUUUUAAGAUUUACUUAAAUUAGAUUUUUUUUGUCCAAAUACUAGAUUUCUUUUCUUAUGUCAUUUUGCUUAUCAAUAAAAUCUUAAUUUAAGAAUUUUUAGAUAUUUGUAGUGCUGUCACAAUGAUUAAAUAAUCGUCUCAUAGCGAUUGUUUGACCUCAUCAUGAUGAUUUCAGAUCACCGCAAUGAUUGCACAUCUCUCUAAAAAACACAAGGGGGAGCUGUGUGCCUGUACAAACGAGACCGCAUCAGAUUACUUUUAAAUGUGUGUUAUGUGUAUUAAUAUUUACUUGCCAAAGAUUUAAUUUAAAUAAUCACAACAAUAUGUGAAAAAUAUUUCAUAAAAAAAUAAAAAAUUUUAUGAGAAUUAAAUUUCAAUGCAAUAAAAUAGGAAAUUAAUUGUCAUAAUUGUCAAAGCCCCUAAAACAGGCAAUUAAUCGCCAUAAUUGUCACAAUUUAUUAGACAAUUAACCGCCAGCCAAAUUUCAUAAUCGUGACAGCCCUAGAUAUUUGUACUAAAAACAAGACAAAAAUACUAAGAAAGUCAUUUUCUGCAGUGUAAUGAUUAUUUUUAGUUGCUCUUUUGUUUGUUUAAAUCCCAUUGAUUUGCACUUUGCAUUUCGAUGUGUUUGCUUUUUCUUGCUCAUCUCUUAUUUGUGGUUUGUGUUUGUUUUUAAUGAUGUUUAAUUUUAAAGCUCGCCCUGAAUUUUUGAAAUCAUGAAAUCCAAAGGAUGCAGAGUUUUCAUGCAGUAAUUACAUACAGACAGACAGUUUGUAGGGACUCGCUGUAAGGUUUGAUUCAGUUCUCUUCCUGGCUCCAUUGUUGUCUUUCUUUAAGAGUAUAUAACAGCACUUUUCUACUAAUUCACAUCUGAUUCACAGCAUGUUGAAUGUUUCAUUUCCCUUGUGUUCAUGUGAAUCAUUUCAAAUGUACAGAUAUACAGGCACUAAUACAAUUGUACAAUCAGAGUAUAGAGAAUCUCUUUAUGUAAAUGCAAUGUAAUAAAUGAAAUAAAGGCACAUAUAAGGA